AUGCCCGUCAUUUCACGUCUCGUGUCUAUCAUCCUCCGCGUUGCGGAGAUCGCCUUUGCAGCUGUCGUUGCAGGUGUUAUUGGACACUACCUUGCCGAGGUUAACCACAGUGGUGUAGAUGUUGACUGGUGGCCCCAGUCGCGAUGGAUCUAUACUGAAGUAAUUGCCGGCUUAUCGAUAUUGCUGGGCCUCAUAUGGCUGAUCCCGUUCUCUUCGGGAUUCUUCUCCUGGCCUAUGGACAUUCUCAUUUCGUUUGCUUGGUUCGCUGCUUUCGGUGUCCUUGUCGACACCAUCCGCCACUGCCCUGCGGCAGCAUCUGGUCUUGGCACUUUAGAGGGGACCAGACAUGGGAUCUGGUUCACCUUCCGCGUUCGCCAAACCCCCACCGAUGGAGUUAGUCGCCGCCGCUGGGGUCGUUCCGCUGUCUAG